UUCAACGACUCAAGGGACAACCAAUUCUCGUGCUCCCAUUCGUGGCGAAGAACAUGUCAAAGAAAAAUGAAGACAAUUUAAAGGAUAAGAUAAAGAAUUUACUUGGUUUCUCAAAGGAAAAGGAUAAACCGAUCACCUUCCAAAAAAGCCAAACUAAGGAAAUAGUUUUCACCCCAGAACGUUUAAGGGAGAUUGGCCCUGAAAGUCCUGCUAACAACAGACUUAGAACAAUAAGAGAGCUUAGUGAAGUGGUGCUUAAUAAAAGAUUAGAGGAGAAUGCAAUUGAAGCAUUAUGGCAUAGUAUUAAAGAUUUAGUACAGAGUACUUCACCAUCAGAGAGUAGAAUUGUUGCGUUACAUUUCCUGAAAUGCCUUCUAGAAGGACAGUAUCAGUAUUUAGGGAUCCUCAGAGGAUUUUUUUUCCAUGUUAUUGAAUGUUUAACUGUACCAAGUGAUACUGCAUACAGGUUGGACUUGUUGUUAAUCCUGAGUGAACAUGGAAGAAAUUUACAUGAGUUUGAAGAAGAUGCAGGACCUUUUCUGCUGCAGUGGAUGCCACAAGUACGGUCAUCUGGGAAGAUAAAACAAUAUUUAGAACUUAUUGUCAAUGUUAUCAAGUUUAAUGCUGCUUACUUAGAUGAACCUGUGCUCUCUGGAAUAGUGAAACAGACAUGCAUGGUUACAAAUAAAGGUAACAAAGAAGAAAUAAAUAAGGGUUGUUUGGAUGUCCUGAAUACUGUACUGUGCUACAGUUAUCUGCCUACAGAAUGUUUAGAUUACUUUAUUGCUGCCUUAUGUCGCAUGGUCAAUAUGGCACAUUUCUGUCAGUCAAGCUGGGAUUUGAUGAGGAAGCUAUUAGGUACUCACCUAGGUCAUAGCACUAUAUACACCAUGUGCUGUAUGUUACAAAAUAGGCGACAACCAAUUGACCAUGAGUUAUUACGUGGUGCUGUGUUUUUCAUUGGAAUGGCUCUUUGGGGCUGUAAGAAAGUGCCAUCAUUAAAACAUACUGCUUCAUCAGUGCUUCCUUCAUUUCUACAGGUGCUAUCAACGAACAGUUACUUGGUGGGACAUGAAGUAAUAUUAAGUGUACAGAGACUUUUGAAGAAGUAUGGUAAAGAAUUACAGUAUGUUACUUGGAACUGUAUACUGGAUAUUAUGGAAAGUCUUCUUAAAUUAUUUGAGACCCCUGUCCAACCAACACAGUCAGGAUUUACUCAGAUGGUGGCAAAUUUACAUGAAAUCUUAACAACAAUUGAGGAACUGUAUGCACAUGGUCAUUACAGUGGUUGUGUAUCCAGAUUCUUUAAAAUCAUAGAGUUAUGUUCUACCAAAAGACCAGAAAGUUCAGUUUCCAUGUUAAUUGAUUACGAUGCCCAGCAGAUCCACCCAGGGAAAGAGAACUGGUUAUCUAACAUGUAUCAAUUAUUGGACAAAUAUUUCAGACAUGAACACAGGACUGUAAUACGAGUAAAAGCUUUGACCAUUUUGUCCUUUACACUUAGUGUCAAUAAACACAUGCAUGAGGACGAUUUGAUCAACAAUGUUGUUCUGCCACAUCUCAGCCAUAUUGACACUGACAAAGACCCUGUGGUUAGGAAGGUAGCAGCAGACAUAUUGAUAUGUCUGGCCCAGAGUUGUAGUCCCGCUUGUUUUGCCGAUAUAAUAGGACUCCUUGACAAGUUGAUAACCAGACCUAUGGUGGCAUACCUAACUUCACCACAUCCAGGGAUGGACGGCAGUGAUAUGUUACAGAAACUUGAAGAAAGCCACCUGGUGGAUAUCAAAACAUCGUUAUUAGGAUUAGUAGAUUUAUUCAAAGCAAAGUUAUACACACGGCCAUCAAACCAGUGUUUGAAAUUGUAUGAACUGUUGAUCACUCAUAUGAAAAACCAGUAUUCUUCACCUAAAGAGUAUGUCAGCUAUGCUGCUGCUACUGUUAGGAAAGCCAUAUUAGAAUCCUUCUUGCUAUUAAGAUGUGACAGUUUACAUAGAUUAGGAUUUAUAGAUAAAAACCAAGAAGACAAUCAAUUUAUAUUUAGUCCCUAUAUUGUGUGCCAAACCAGUGAAGAAGAUGAAGAGGAUCUUCAACCCUGUAGUCCUCCAGAACAAACCAGUAGUGCUGCCUUCUUGUGGUCCCAAGCUGCAUUACUUAGCUAUGAUGAAAUAUUUAAUAUGUUCAUAGAUUGUUUAGAACAUGACAAAGACUGGCAAGUAAUGGAAUGUGUAUUGGUUAACUUGCCACUGCUACUACAGAACAAAUCAUUAGUGCUGUCAACAAAUCGUAACAUGGUAGAUGUACUCUGUCAAAAGUUGUGUUCUAUGGUGAAUGACAGACAGUUAGGUUUUCCAGAGAAGUUACAGAGUGUACCUCCAGGAAAGUUCACACGGUCAGACUUCCACACCUUUAUAUUUCCUGUUCUGGUGUCAUUAGUAUCCUACCAUUCUUACCUGGAUAAAAAUAAACAGAGACAGCUUAUAAAGUGCUUAGAGUUUGGUUUGGUAUCUAAAUGCUCCAAGAUAUGUACUAAUUCCUUGAGAAUCUGUACCUUAGAGAUGCAGGACGUCAUGAUGAGACUUUUACCAUCAGUUCUGUUACAACUGUCCAAGAUCUCGGCCACUGUCCAUAUGGCAAUUCCUGUCUUAGCCUUCCUUUCCAGUAUUGUACGUUUACCAAAGAUGUAUGCCAACUUUGUAGAAGAUGAAUACAUGAGUGUCUUUGCCAUAGCUUUACCUUAUACUAACCCUUUCAAAUUUAGUCACUACACAGUGUCAUUGGCUCAUCAUAUCAUAGCCAUCUGGUUCAUAAGAUGCAGAAUGCCAUUUAGAAAAGGUUUUGUUAAAUUUAUUCAAAAGGGACUUAAAGCAAAUGUCCUGAAACAUUUUGAAGACAACAGUUUGAGCCAUUUAAACCAAGAUUCAUCAGAAAGAGGUCGAUCAGCUACCUAUAAUGAACCAGCAUUUAAAGCCCGUAGAAGGAUAUCAUCUGGUCCAGGUAAUUCACCACUGCGUUCUCAGUCGCCACCUGUGGAUGAUAAGAUGUCAGUAUUCCAUAAAGAACUCACAGAAACUUGUACUGAUAUAAUGUCGAGAUAUACAUUUGCCAACUACAGUGCUGUACCACAGAGGUCACAAGUAGCUGAGUUUUUGUUAAAUGGAGGUCAAUCACAAACAUGGAGUGUUGGUAAUAAAUUAAUUACUAUUACGACCAGUGGUGGAGCUGGAACUAAAUAUAACAGCUCAGGGGUCCUGUGUGAUAAGUGUAUGGCACAUUAUCAGCCACAAAGUCAGCCAGCUGAACCAAAGACACCAGUCACUCCUGGCAGACGACGACAUAGAUCCGCCUUUGUAGGGAGGAGCACAUCUUUGAUUGACAAUUCUAAAGGAAGUAUUGAUGACAUAGGUGUCCAAUCAAGACUCUCAUUCAAUGAUGACAUGAGUUUGGAAGAUGCUCUUGAAGGACAAGAUAUUGGGGUACAGACUGGGACAUCGCUCACAGAACAUACACCAAAAUCAGGAUUCGAAAGUGAAAAUCUUGAGUCAAUACUUUGUGGGUCAAUGAACAAAUCAACAGAUGGACGGAUGUUUAGUAACUACCAGUGUAAUUGUUGGUGUACAGGAUGGGCAGAGGUAUACAUCAGAUCUCCUAGUGGUGUCAUUGGCUGGAUGAUGAGGAUUGAAAAUGAAACAUCUAUGACUUCACUUCAGGACCCCCAGUUUCAUGACUUCACAAUAUUAUUUGCCAACUUCCGUAAUGCCAAACAGCCAGAUAUAGACAGCCUGAGUAGCAGGAUUGAUGUAGACAGUUUAGGAGAAGAAGAAUAUGUGUCACUGUAUGAUCAACAUUUCCCAUCUGAUCACGGAUCUUCAGGUGGAUUGUUUGCUGAAUGUGCUGAAGGCAUACAGAUAUUGAUUGAUGGAAACAAUAAGAUAGAAACAAACGGUCAGGUUGAAAAGGAAGACACGAAGGACUCAAGUAAUCAAGAUGAAAGCAUUAUUUCUAUGUUGAAGAGAAGCACAUCAUCACCAUCACUCUUAGAAACAGGAAAUAAUCACUCGGGUGAAAAAGACCCAAUGCCAUCCCCUAUUGCUGAUUCAAAUAAACUUUUACAUGAUUCAGAAUCUAAUUUACAUAAAACAGUGGUUGAUGGACCAAAAGUAAAAGAAGAUGGUAUCAAUUUGAACGUGGUCUCAACCAGACCUAGUAAUAUAUCUAAAAGCACAAAUAUUCUAAGUCCAACAAGUCCAAAUACUGUGAACCUUCCACAACUGUCUUUGUCACCAGAAAGUUCUGAAUCUUCUGCCCAUGAUGAGUUGCCAGAUUUACCAGCAUUUAAGAAACAAAGAGGUCAUACGAUAUCUGUUGUGACCCCUGAAAGAGGCCAUGAGGAGAGAUCAGGUGGAAAAGAUGCUGGCAGGGGUGGCAUCAAUCCAAGUUUUGUGUUUUUACAAUUAUACUUUGGAGGAAUGUUGCACCAUGGAGAUGAAAUGCCACUUCUACUUCCACAAUCUGAUGUAAUGAAGAGAGCCAUUAACAAUCUAGAUAGAAUCUACCCAUUUGCCACCCAUAAGAUUGGUGUUGUUUAUGUUGGUUCACGCCAGACAAAAGAUGAGAAAGAAAUAUUAUCAAACCAAUCAGGGUCAGAGAGAUAUAUCAAAUUUUUACAAGGUUUAGGACAAUUAAUACGACUACAUGAUUGUGAUCCAAACAAAGUUUACAUUGGAGGGUUAAACAAAGAUGGCAGUGAUGGACAAUAUUGCUAUGGGUGGCAGGAUGAAACUUUACAUGUGAUUUAUCAUGUUGCUACCCUGAUGCCAAACAAGGAAUCUGACCCUAAUUGUAAUUCCAAGAAACUACACAUUGGUAAUGACUAUGUUACUGUUGUAUACAAUGAUAGUGGGGAAGAUUACAGAAUUGGAACAAUAAAGGGACAGUUCAACUAUGUUAACAUUGUGAUCAAGCCAUUAGACUAUGAAAGUAAUGCUAUAACAUUACAGGCCAAAGAAGUACCCUUUCAGGACAGUAUCACAACAGAUAUAGCUGAAAUUCUUGGUCACAAAGAUACUAAAGUGAUUUCUGAUCAACAUUUAUCAGACUUAGUAAGACAGAUUGCUGUAAAUUGUAAUUUAGCCUCAUUAGUGCUACAAAGACAACAGUCCAACCCAGAGGAUCCUUUUGCUAGUAAUCCACUGGAACGACUACGUCAAAUAAAGAGGAUUAAACAGAAAGCCUUACUAGAGUUAGGACUACAGAACCCAACAGAACAAGAUCACAAAGGACAAAAAUUAGAUGAUUUUACUGAAUUUGUUUAGAUUAUUUAACCAAAAAUUAUUGAUGAUUUUACUGAAUUUGUUUAGAACAUUUCACAAAAUUUAGAUGAUUUUACUGAAUUCGUUUAGAUAAUUUCACAAAAAUUACAUAUUAUUUUAUAGGUAGGAUAUCCAUUGAUCUUUUUUUAGAAAAAAUCUAUCAGUAUCACCACAAAAUAGAAAUUUUGAUGAAUGUAACUGAAUUGCUGCUCAAGUAAAAAAGUCAAGAUCUCUUCUAUAGAUUAAUAUCCUAUAUCUUUAUGUAUACAAAAUAUAUAAUACAUUCCCAGUCAAUGCAUAAAAUAAUAAUGAAUUACUUAAAAAUGUUUCAUUUAAUGUGAGAGGGUGUAAACACAGAAUUAAAGUUACAUUGCCUUAUGUAAAAAUGUAUUUUUUUGCUUCAAAUCACCAGUAAUAAUUGUGCAUUAUAAACACAUUUUUAAGAAAGGAGAACAGUCAUUUAAAAUGCCAACAAAAAGUGGCGUAAAUAUGGCUUAAUAAAAACUUUUGUAAAUGAAAUCAUAGGAUGAAACAGAAAUAUUCUACAAUAUGUGAUAACAGUCACAAAGGCAUUUUAAACCAAAUGGACUAUAAGUUAAAAGUUACAUAAUAAGUAUUUGAUACCAGAUAAAGGUAUGAAAAAACAUUUGUUUGAAUGAUAGAUGUUUGCUUUAUGCCACCUCAGCAGAAAAAUAAAGUUAUAUUUUCUGGUGACCAUUUUUUUUUGGUUAGUAAAUUCAUAAUUUCGAGCAUAAUUAUAUUUUUUAUUUUAUAUUAAACUUCAUUAAAGUAAGAUUUUUUGUAUUUUGAGUGAUGUUUUUACAUGAUUUUGGAAGAUUCUUAAACAAUAAGAUGAACAAUUGCAAACAAAAAUAUCUCUUCUUGUAGCUGGCAAAUUUUUUGAAAAGGAUCUCUAAGUACAUUUUAUCUAGAAAAGAUUAAUGUAUAAGUUUUAUGUGAAUUCCCUAUCUUAAAGCAAAAGGGUCUGUACUAAAUGUGUUGAAAUUUGCCUUAAAAAAAUACUGCAAAGUAAAGUUUUAUAUCAAAAGGCUUUCUUGAAGUUCUUGAAUCUAUUGUUACUGUGUAAUAACAGGUUGAUUUAUGAUUACUAUUUUCUGUCCAAUGGACACAUUAUGUUGUUUACUAUUUGUUUGCUAAUGAACUCCUUUCUCAAAGGAACUUACUUUAUACAGAUAUGUAUGAAGCUAAGAACGUGAUGAGAUUGUAGAUGGUGCAUAACAUAGUGUUAAUUAAUCACUAUUUGUUUUUUGUUUAAAGCUUUAUAUAUUAAUUCUUCUUAUAGUUUCUCUUUGACUUUGAACAUUAAUUGCUAUAUAAAUUUGCAUGAUUUAUAUUUUAAAACUGAUUUUGUGUAUUAGUGUGCAUAUUUCUAUUUAUAUAUGAUCCUUUCUUUCUUUCUAAAACUGAUAGGUAGAUACUGACAAAAUCAAGUUUAUUAUUCUUUCAUAUGAGAUGAUUAUAACAUCUAGGAUAGUGCAAACAUUUUUAUAGUAAAUCUUUAUUAUCUUAUCUUUAAAAAAUAUGCUAUAAAAGUCUAUGUCUAUGCUCUAUUGAUCUGCAAUAAAUGGCAGUUGUAUCUUGAAAAGGUUGGGAAUAGCUAAAGCUGUUUUUGAAAGUGCUGGGUAAUUUUAUUUCAUUACAUGAAUGUAUUAUUAAUGUUUAAAUGAAUGCCUUUUUAUAUCUUUCCAAUUUAGCAAAAAUAUCAUUUAAAAUCUUCUUCAUAACCUUGAGGGUAAAAUACAGUAAACGGGCUGCAUCCAAAUUUGCAUACAAAUUUUUUCUUGUUGAACCUUAAUUGAAAAUUAAAUUUGAACAUUUAUUUAACAAGCACAUAAAAUCUAUGAAACAUGUUCUUUAAUUUGACUUAAAAUCAAAUCUCUAAUAACCAAUGCAUAGAUUUUUCUGGGGAAAAAUUAUAUGUUGUUGAUACUUUAAUUUCCAUGUUAAUGUUGACUGAUCAAUAAAGAAGCAACAGUUUAUCACUGCUAUGCCUGAAAUUUUUAAGCAAGUAAAAGUUAGGUGACUGUUUCAUUUUUAGCUCACCUGGCCUAAAAGGCCAUGUGAGCUUUUCUCAUCACUUGGCGUCUGUCGUCGUCGUCGUCGUCUGUCGUCGUUAACAAUUUUUCAAACAUCUUCUCCUCUGAAACUACUGAAUGGAUUUGAAUGAAACUUACCAUGACUGUUCCUUAGUAUAUCCUGCAUAAAAUGUGCGCUUCGAUUUUUGAUCCGUCAAAAAACAUGGCCGCCCUUACUUAAAAUAGAACAUAGGGGUCAAAUGCAGUUUUUGGCUUAUAUCUCAAAAACGAAAGCAUUUAGAGCAAAUCUGACAUGGGUAAAAAUGUUCAUUAGGUCAAAAUCUAUCAGCCCUGAAAUUUUCAGAUGAAUCAAACCAACCAUUGUUGGGUUGCUGCCACUUAAUUGGUAAUUUCAAGGAAAUUUUGCAGUUUUUUGUCAUUAUAUUGAUUAUUAUUAUAGAUAAAGAUAAACUGUAAACAACAAAAAUGAUCAGCAAAGUAAGAUCUACAAAUAAGUUAAAAUGACCAAAAUUGUCAAUUGACCCCUUAAGGGGUUAUUGUCCUUUAAUGACAAUUUUUCACAAUUUGUUCAUCAUAUUUGCUAACUUUAAAAAAUCUUCUCCUCUGAAACUACUGAAUGGAUUUGGUUAAAACUUAGCAUGAUUGUUCCUUAGAUUAUCCUGCACAAAGUGUGUGCUUUGAUUUUUGAUUCGUCAAAAAACAUGGCCACCAUUACUUAAAAUAGAACAUAGGGGUCAAAUGCAGUCUUUGGCUUAUAUCUCAAAAAUGAAAGCAUUUAGAGCAAAUCUGAUAAGGUAAAAAUGUUCAUUAGGUCAAUAUCUAUCAGCCCUGAAAUUUUCAGAUGAAUCAAACAACAAAUUGUUGGGUUGCUGCCACUUAAUUGGUAAUUUUAAGGAAAUUUUGCAAUUUUUGGUCAUUAUCUUGAAUUUUAUUAUAGAUAAAGAUAAACUGUAAACAGCAAAAAUGAUCAGCAAAGUAAGAUCUACAAAUAAGUUAAUAUGACCAAA